CUCAGAAUAAUACAAAUAGGGGAGUAGGUAUCUAUCUUGUCACCCUCUCUCUCUCUCUCUUGUUACCAAGAUGAGCUUCUACAAAAGAAGCUUUCACUCUUUCCUUGGCCAAACCAACACCAAAGGGAUGCCGUUUGAAUCCGGUCUUGGCCAUGAUGAGACACAAUCACAUGGCUUAAUGUUGUGCACAGAGUAUCUAGGGUUUGAGAGUUACGACAUGAGGAUGUCCGAUAACGAGGUGGAGAACAAGAUGACUUGUCAUGCGGAGGUGGAGACCGAAAGGGUUGAAGCAAAGAGGAGGAAGACGAAGGAGAAUGUGGUGGUGCAAGCGCAGAAAAAACAGUUUCCUCCGCCUCUCUCGUCAUUAAACAGCCGUGGACAGCGAUAUUUUUAUCUCCGUCCGGUGAGAAAAGACGGUAGAUUGGAACUUACGCAAGUUAUGGUCGAUCGACCAGAGAUUUUCCACGUUUCUAGAGUAGAUGGACGGUUGAGAUUACAUUUUGUCGAUGGUGUCGAGAAUCCCAUUAGAGCUUAUUCUGGUCCUCAAGAAAUUGUGGCCUUAGAAGAGGAACCUAAGGGUCUAGGUAAUGAGAAAGAGGGAGGGGAGAUUAGUAGAUCUGAUCUGGAAUGUGGUAGAGAGAUUAAUGAAGACGACAAUGAUGGUGCAUGUAAUCAAGGAAUGGAUUUAUCUAUAAUCAGUGAUGAUAGUGGUGCAAGAAGUUGGAGAUGUAAAAGUAGUCAUGAUGUUUCGGUGAAUAGUAAUAAUGAUGUUGCACAUUUCCAUGAUGACCAUGACACGAGAGAAUGGAUGUACAACAGUGGUUUUAAGAUCGUGGCAAGUAGGAACCAUGAUGAGAACAAUCAUCAUCAUUAUCAUCAUCGUCAUCGUCAUCAUAUUCAUCCAUACCAUCAUCAUAAUAGUAACAAUAACAUGAAUUUAUGGACCCGGACGUACGUGAGGACCAGGUGAGGUUAUUAAUCAAUGUUUUUUUUUUUUACGUGGCGGCUUGAAACAAAAAAUAUAUCAACUAAAAAAGAGUACAGCUAUAUUUUCUCUGGAAGUUCCGUUGUAUUUUUAUAAAAUAUUCGAAAAGUCAAAGGUUGGGUGUUGUUAUAAGUAGUGUCAACAAUAUGAUAGCGUGUGAGUGUAAUAUUAUUGUUCGUUUAAGAUGCUUAUGUAUAUGACUUCCAUAAUUGAAACAUCUUAUUACAACUUUC